AUUCGGUUGCGGGGCAGCGGGUGGAGGAUGGCGCGACUUCUGAUGAGGAGUCAGUUGGCUCGGCAGCUGCGCAGUUACUCCGAUUCCAGCCAGAUGGGCGAUUUGGGCUCUGGUGCUGGAAAGGGCGGUGGUGGAGGAGGUUCCAUCCGAGAAGCUGGUGGUGCUUUUGGCAAAAGGCAGGCAGCACAAGAGGAAAAAUAUUUCAGGGAGCAGGAAGCUAAGGCGCUUGAGUUUCUGAAACGGCACCAUUACGACGAAAUAAAUAUCCAGGAGAAGGAAAUCAAACGUUUGCAGAAAGAGAUUGACCGUCGCCAAAACAUCCUCAAGCAGCUGAAGAACGAUGACUAGAUUCCUUCCUAGCUUUGCCCAGCAUCCUUGUGUUGCCCAGCAUAUCUCAAUCAUGCAACUCGAGGACAUCACCUUCAGAUGCACGUUGAUUUCUACAAUCAAAUUAUGCUAAACAUGCAUCGAUUUGUUCAGUCAAAUACUGAAUGUAGAUGCCUAAAUAUACAUCAAAUAAAAAUACAAUGAGUUCAUGAUCU